UUCAGUCAAUUUGCGAUAGUUUUGCAGUCAACACGUGCCCGAAACAAUGUGUCAAAAAGUACUCCUAAGCCUACUGUGUUGCUAUGUUCUGGUGGCCUUGGGUGAACCACAGCAAGCGACGCCAACGACCACCGCCCGGCCGGCCCUAGAGAAUCCUGCCUACGAUCCAACCAUGUACCAGCAGUUCGUUCCACAAGACGCCGUCCAAAAGUACGUUCAGGCUUACAACGGUCACAACUACCAGAACUCGCAAGGAUUUGUCCCGUACGAGCCAACGGCGUACGCCGCCAUCCCAUCGCAGCCCUUUCAGGCGUAUCUGAUUCCGGCCACUUCGACGGAGAAGCCCACCCUCAUGGGCUCGUUCCGCACGGUAAUGCCCGCGGCUCGCACGGUGGUGUCCUUCUUCGGGCACAUUCUGUCGUUUCUGUUCGGCUCGGUUGGGGCCGUCGCGUUGGGAACGCUGAUGACGUCGGUGCUGUGCUUCGUGACGCCGUUCUGUACGCUUUCGUUCCGCAGCGCCAAAGGAUUGGACGUGGGCCUCGUUGGCGAGACGACGAAGGAAGUGAUUUCGGUGCUGGGUGAGCAGGUCACUGCCGACCGGGUGAAACGGGCCGCGGAAUUCGUCAAGGUGGCCAUUGAUAAGUUUCAGCAUUUGAACAAACAGGUGCGGGAGGCGACCGAACGGAAGGCUGGGGCUUCCGUGGAAUGAUGUGUUUGUUGGUUUUUAGGAAAUAGGUUGUAAUAAAAUUGAUUUAAUCAUAAAAA